CCAAAUCCAUGGCUACCACUUACGACCGUCACACUCAACACACCGCCGGCGCCGGUCCCGGUCCCGGCCCCGGCCGCUACGAUCGGACCGACGACAGACUCGUCGGCCCUUACUAUUACAAACAGCAACAAGGCCCUUCCGGCAGCAAAAUAUUGGCCAUCAUCACCAUGCUUCCGGUGGGUGCCAUCUUUCUUGGUUUAUCCGGCCUUACCUUUGUUGGAACCUUAAUUGGACUCGCGGUCGCAACUCCACUUUUCGUCAUUUUCAGCCCGGUUAUCGUGCCGGCGAUUCUCACAAUCGGGCUGGCGGUGACAGGGUUUUUGACGUCAGGAACUUUCGGGUUAACGGGGCUGAGCUCGUUGUCGUACAUGGUGAACAUGCUCCGGCAGACGGCUGCAACGGUGCCGGAAAAUGUGGAUUAUCUGAAAGGAAGGAUUUCGGAUGUGGGAAUGUAUGCGGGUCAGAAGACGAAGGAAGCGGGUCAGAACAUUCAGCAUAAGGCUCAUGAAAUGGGAACCGAUCGCGAUCGUGAUCGCGAGGGUCGUGCCGGAGUUCAAGUUCAGGCCGGUGCCGGUGCCGGUGGGGGAGUGGCCGGGGGCGGGAAAGAAGGUGGGAAAGGUGGUGAUCGGACUUAAGAGAUGGGAUUUGAAGAUGGGAAUCUGGAAUAAUGUGUUAGGUGUAAAAGCUUUGUGGUGUUUGUAAUAAUUUGUUUUUGUUUGUAUGUUUUGUUUAUGAAGAUUUGGUUUUUUAUAUCGUGAAAUGUAAUGAAAGUUGGUCGCCGGAGAUGAAUAAAGGUGCCGGAGCCACCGUAUGAUGAUGAUCUCCGGCGUGGAAACUGGCAGAUCGUAAGUAUCACGAAUUCAUGGUUAUAUAAACAACUCCAUUGAACAA